GGCGGGGCGGCGGCCGUUGGCGGUCGCCGGGGCCGGCUGCGCGGCGUCUCCUCAGCGGCGGCGACAGCUCCCGCCUCGGCCGCUUCGGCCCGCGGGGGACGCGGCACGGCCCCCGGGCCGCCGCUGCCGCCGCCGCCGCUGCCGCCGCCGCAGCCGGGUGGAGAACAUGUCGCCCGCCAUCGCAGCUAAGGAGGGCGGCCGGCAGCGCCGGGCCGGGAGCCACCACCACUGCCUGGACGUGAGGAGCGAGGCGCCGCCCGCCCUGGCGCUCUGUGGGGACGGGCUGCCGGGCGGCGAGGCCGAGGCGCUGCUGCCGGCGGAGGCGGGUUCGCGGGGUUCGCGGGGGUGCCGGGCGGAGCUGGGCAGCAUCCUGCUGCUGCUGGUGCUGUACGUGCUGCAGGGCAUCCCGCUGGGGCUGGCGGGCAGCGUCCCCCUCAUCCUGCAGAGCAAGAGCGCCAGCUACACCGAUCAGGCCUUCUUCAGCUUCGUCUUCUGGCCCUUCAGCCUCAAGCUGCUCUGGGCCCCCUUGGUGGACGCCGUCUACCUGCGGGGCUUCGGCCGCCGCAAGUCCUGGCUGGUGCCCACGCAGUACGUCCUGGGGCUCUUCAUGAUCUACAUGUCCACCCAGGUGGAUGUGCUGCUGGGCGACGGGGAGGGCCGGGGCCCCGACGUGGUGGCCCUCACUGUGACUUUCUUCCUCUUCGAGUUCCUGGCGGCGACGCAGGACAUCGCGGUGGACGGCUGGGCCCUGACCAUGUUGUCCAGGGAGAACGUGGGCUACGCCUCCACCUGCAACUCCGUGGGCCAGACGGCCGGCUAUUUCUUGGGCAACGUCCUCUUCCUGGCCCUCGAAUCGGCCUCCUUCUGCAACAAGUACCUGCGGUUCCAGCCCCAGCCCCAAGGGAUUGUUACCCUCUCAGAUUUCCUGUUUUUCUGGGGAGCUGUCUUUUUAAUUACCACUACACUGGUUGCCCUUUUGAAAAAGGAAAACAAGGAACUAACACCAACAAAAGAAGAAACAAAAGGCAUCACUGAUACAUACAGGCUUCUAUUCUCAAUAAUCAAGAUGCCAGCAGUUCUUACUUUCUGUCUCUUGAUUCUCACAGCAAAAGUUGGAUUUUCAGCAGCAGAUGCUGUAACAGGACUCAAAUUGGUGGAAGAGGGAGUCCCAAAAGAGCACUUAGCUCUGCUGGCAGUUCCAAUGGUUCCUUUACAGAUAAUAUUGCCUCUGAUUAUCAGCAAAUACACAGCAGGCCCCCAGCCACUGAACACAUUUUACAAAGCUAUGCCUUUCAGAUUACUGCUCGGUCUGGAAUUUGCUUUUUUGGUAUGGUGGACUCCUAAAGUAAAACAUGAAGGAGGAUUUCCUGUCUACUACUACGUUGUAGUAUUGUUGAGUUAUGCUUUACAUCAGAUCACGCUGUAUAGCAUGUAUGUUGCAAUAAUGGCUUUCAACGCCAAAGUCAGCGAUCCGCUGAUUGGAGGAACCUACAUGACACUUCUAAAUACUGUGUCAAAUCUGGGGGGGAACUGGCCUUCCACUGUUGCACUCUGGCUUGUGGAUCCACUCACGGUGAAAGAGUGUGCAGGGGCCCGGGAACAGACCUGUGGAACUACGGUUGCUGCAGAACUCUGCGCAAAAGCUGGUGGUUCCUGUGUUACUACCUUGGAUGGUUACUAUGUGGAAUCUGUCAUUUGUGUCAUUCUGGGAUUUGGCUGGUGGUUCCUACUUGGGCCAAAAUUUAAAAAGCUUCAGGACGAAGGACAGACUUCGUGGAAGUGCAAGAGGACCAACUGAUGCAGUUUAAAUAUUGGAUGGACUGCCAAGGUCAUUUUAGUUUUAUUACAAAGACAUAUCCCAUAACAAAUAAACAGGAAUAUAGGUACUUUUAAAUGCCACAUCACUGGAAAAAUGGGUGGCUGAGGCAGUGGUAUGUUUGUAUGUGAUACCACUUGCCCUCCCAAUAUGAAAAUGUAAGUUCAGAAAGUAAUUGUUAAAAAAUGGCACCUAUGUACUACAUACAUAUCCCAGAGCUCUAGCUUCAGUCAUGGCUGCUGGUAUAACCAACGUCUGAAUUUCUAUAUAGUAACUAUGGAAAAGCUAAUUGUGCCAUGUCUGUCUAAACAGCAGCAUUGUCAGCUAAGUUCCAGCUCUUUAUUUUCAAACAGAAGUGAUCUGACACAGGGAAUUGACCCGGGGAAGGAUGUCAAAGGCAUUUUGACUUGUAGGUUAAGAGUGUUGUCCUAUGGAAUUCCUUGUGGGAAGACAAACAUAAAAUGUCUGUGGGCUUUGUUUCUUCUCACUUUCUGAACUGUAAUCACACCUCAAAGGAUGAAAUGUUUCAGAGAUUCUUUUAAGUGUAUUUUCUGGCUUUUAUAAGCUUUAAAGAUUUAUAAGAAAAUAUUUUUAUAAAAAAAUUACACUUGUUUAAUUUAUUUCCGCUGUUUCAAAGCAUUUUGAUUUACAUUCAAGAUACUUUCGUGAUGAAAAAUUGCUGUAAGGUAGGACUUAAGAGUAACGCACAAUAUUCUAAGCCUUGAGUCCUGAAGAUGUAAACUGGAUAGUGUAGCAGCUAGCACACAAAAGACAGGCUUCAAAAGGAGAGGGCAUGCAGGCCUUUGGAAAGCAGUUGUUAUUGAGGGAAUGAAUUGAUAGUGUUGGUUCCUCUAUGUCACUAAAAUUUGAGCAUUCAGUUUCAAAAUCAGUGGAAAAAAUGUGACUAUUCCCAGCUAGGGGUAAGAAAAUUUGAUCAGUGCCUUUGAAAGUGAUUUGGUGAUGACAAACUUGCCAAAUUCCCAGCGAGUUGAUGUACGACUUGCUGUCACAUAAAUCAAACAAGUUAAAACCCUGUGGUAGAGCUGCUACAGAAAUUUGUUACUGAUGCUGUGUAGUGGAAACAUUCCAGUUGCAUUUAUCAAAAAUGACUUCCCUCCUGAGUGCCUUAGUGACGUACAGCAAGUGUACUGUAUGCCUAGAGAGAGGGCACUUGGACAUUGUUGGAUGUAUACGGUACAUCAUUAUUAAAAAAAAAAACUAUUAAAAAUACCUUUGAAAGGUACAUGAUUUUCUUUUCCAUUCUGUGUUUCUUGCCUUGUCAAUAUUUUUGAAGUAUUGCAAUCCUGAGCUUCGUGUUCCAAACUCCGGAGGGGGGUGUGGAUCUUUUGUUACUGUGUUUCAGGAAAAAAGUAAAUCAGUACCAACUUUUGACUGACUGGAGGGGAUGUAGGGGUGUGUACAAAGUGUCUAGGUGAGGUAAGGAGUAAGAAGGUGUCCAGAAGAGGACAGUGUGACCAAGUGCUUCCUUGGGCACUGAAGCCUGUUCCUCUGUCUCUUCCCCUCUCCCUUCUCAGUGACACCCUUGACGGUCAGUGGAAAGCCAAACCCUGAGCUGUCGACCUCCCCCGGCUGUGAUCUGCGGUGCAGCCACAGCACGUUCUCACAAUUUGUUUCAAGUACAGCAAAACCAGUCAAGCUAAAUAAAAGCAUGUUGUUUUUACUCCCCAAACUAAGUGUCUUCCAAUUUCACCUCUCCAUAAGCACAAAAAGAAUAUAUUGGAGAUGUGUAGUCAAGGGUGGAUGCAUCUUUCAGCCCUAGCCGGAUCAUCUCUACUGGAUUAGCUAUGUAUGAGGCACUUCAGUUCUGUGUCUUUAAGUGGCCCGUUGUUCCAGUACUUUAAUCGCAUCUUGUCCAUUGCUGGGGAUUUUUUUUUUUUUUUUUAAACUUUUCUAACUCAGAGGAAAAACUUCUCAAGUGCAGAAUAUGGGAAAUUAAAUAUGUAGGUGUUUUAGAGUUGGCUUUUACUUUGCAAUUUUGUUUCACUAUUUCUUAAGGUGCCAGUGAAACUUGUUAUUAAUAAAGAUGGGUUGAGGAUUGCUUAUCAGUAUGUUAGAUGAUCUUGACAACAUCAGAAUUAAACAUAAACUCCAAAUCAGUAGUAAUAUAUAUGAAAUGUGACUAAAUUAAAUAACUGUCUCCUCUUUCAAACUAGAGAAACAACUGAUGUAUUAGGUUUUUUAAUCUGUGUUGCUAUGUUGUAACACAAGUCAGAAAUGUUACUGCUAUACCAGCUGAUUAGCAGGUUGCUGAAAAGAGCCAGUAAACUUUUGGUCUUGCUACAUUUUUUUCCUCCCAACCCUGUUUUAAAGUGAAAUAAUUUAUUUUUUUGAAAGAAUAGAAUUAUUGUAGACUUAUGUAUCUUUAACAUUAAAGAAAAAAAACUUUUUAAAAAGGCAAGAAGAAAGAAGCAACCCAGCCUCUUCCUUGAGAGUCUGUUACUAAAAUGGGAGCUGGAGAAGGGGAAUGGUACCGGGUCCUGCUAUAGAUCCCUUAGUUACUGCAGGGGCUUUCUGCUCCUACCUGGCAUGAGCGGGCCCGGGGGGGGGGGGGGUGUCAGAUGUGUGUUAUCUCUAGCAGAAGAGAAAUAGCAGAAACCGUAUUUUUGUAGGUAAAGGGUUUGUCCUGGUUUAAAUUCCUGAGCAGGAUCAUCGUGAAGCGAGACGGGUGCCUGGGGAGAGGGUAGAGUGAAGGGUCGGUGCAGGAGGACACAGGGAGGGGAGGUGGAGAGCAAGAGCUCUCCCCUUCGGUGCCAUUAGACAUGGCUGUCGUUACAGGGACUUACUGUGCAGGAAAGUCAUCAUCACCUGCACUCGCAGGUGUAGUUUGUUGUCGUUUCCCAAGACUUCCUUAAGAGGCAAAUACUGGUGCUCUAAAAUUCUAUUCUGCAAUUCCGGUGCCUAGAAAGCGGGUGUGUAAGGCAAAGUUUAAGGUCUGACAAGCUGUGUAAAAUGGGAUUGCGCGCCCGUCACUGCUGCACCCAGCCUCCUGCAGCCCCGCGAGGAAAUGGCUGAGGAUUGAACGUGCUGGUCCUGUGUCCUGUGAACUUUGGUGCUGUCAGUGCACUAUCCAUCACAACCACCCAUGGUUCUUAUUUUAAAAUACCAACUCUAGAUUUUGCCUUUGUUACGGACACCGAAGAAUCUGCCAGUGCCAAUUGUCAACAGUUCUUCAUUUUCUGUAAAGCUGUUUUGUUUCAUUGUCUUCUGGGUGUUUUCGGUGUAGUUUCACAUGAUGAUAAACGCUGUUCUAAACUGGCUGAUGAGAGAGGGCGUUCAGAUGAUUUUUUUAUCAGAUAAAAUAGGGAAGAGAGGAGACUUCUGCCACUGAGUCAAUGCUGUAGAGCCCGCUGUGGGAAAGCAGAGCAUCUCUCCACAGUGGGGAAUGGAGCAACUGAGUUUUUUCAGGCAGCGAUAUUGUCUGACUCUCUUGAACCCCCCCGCCAUGAGACAAUGCUAUUACUUAUUUAGCAUUUUACCCAACGUGCGCAUUAUAGCAAAGUCAAGCAGUACGCUUCCAAUUUGUUGUUUGGCUACAAGUUGUGGUUUUGCUGAAAACAAGAGUUUGCACUAUUUCUGUGUUUAUUAUUUAAUCCUAAAAUGUUCACACUUAGUAAAUAAAGUAAAAUUAACAACUAUACCACUUUAUCUGAAAAACAUUACAGGGGUAAUAUUUACUUGUCCAGCUUGCCUCAUAGCCAGUAAUUUAAGAAUUGUUUUAGUUUGAACCUUAGAUAAAAAGUUUUGAUUCGAGUAUGGGUUUUGCUGCCUUGGAUUACAAAUUCCCAACUAAACCUGUGCUUUUCCUGAAAUCCUGAGCUGUGACUGCCAUCGGUAUUGUCUCAUGUACGGCCUGUUUGUGUAGAAACCUAGAACCGGGUUGAAAUGGAAGACUCGGGUAAACAUAAAUCCUGUUUUGUAUCAUUGUCCGAUUAUGUUCUUACAACGCGUGUAUUUCUUUACAGACCGUAUAGGUGCAUUGCACAGAUGGGCAUUUGGUUCAGCUGAGGGAAACGUUUGGCUUGAGCCCUUUGGUAACGAAUUACGACUAUUUGUUAGUUUUGAACUAAGGUAGGGAAAAGAAUAAACAACACUGAUGAAUA